AUGGGCAAUAACUGGAUAGACGAGUCGAAAUCGUGGUAUAUUUCUGAUGAAAGUUUAGAGUAUUUAGACAUUGUUUUAAACAUCUCCUUGCAUGGACUGCUGUCCAGUUUCGGAGUCAUGUCCAACGUACUCAACAUGGUCAUCUUUAUCAAAUUAAAACUUAAGAACAGUAUGACUGUUGGACUGUUCGCUUUGUCAUUCACUGAUUUCUAUGUCACUUUGCUUAAGCUAGCAAGUUGUGGGUCCAAUUUGGUCGAAAUUAUGUAUCCAGACAGUCCAGUGGAUCCAAUGAUGGUCGGUGGCUACUUGUUCAACUUGUCUUAUGUAUUUUAUUUGGUCUCAUGCUGGAUAACUACCAUGCUUUCUGUUGAGAGGUGCUUCUGCGUUGUUUCCCCUUUCACAGUGCGUCAAACGUUCACUAGGGGUCGCUGUCUGACUACAAUCAUCGUUAUAUAUGUCGUUCACAUUGCUAUUCAUUUGCCUGUAUUUAUUUUUACCAAAGUAAUGUGGGUUCCAGUUGAGACAGGGGCAAACUUGACCAUGUCAGAGCAAUACAUUCUUACAUUUGUGAUUGACGAGAACUCAGCCUGGUGGGAAACCUUGUCAGACUUCGUCAUUGGUAUCUCUCUUUCUGUACUGUCUCAGGUGAUUCUAAUAAUUUGUACUAUUUGGAUGAUAGUUUGUCUGAAAAAUUCUUCUAAGAUUCGCAAAUUACCAUCAAAUGAAAUUAAAGGCGUCGACGAGUCUAACACUGAUGACAAGGUCUCCAAGACCCCGGAGCAGACUUUAUCUCCCAAAGAAAACAGAAUGGUGAAAACUGUCCUGUGGCUGUCCAUCAUUGUGUCCAGUUGUAACGUCCCCAGGUUUAUCACAACUUUCGUCCACCAAAUAGUUCCUGGUAUGAACCUCGGGGCUUACGAAAAUUUGGAAAAACUAUUAUGGGACAUUUCUUAUUUUUGUGGAACAUCUUGUUGCUGUUUUAACAUAUUUGUGUACAUCAGACUCAACUCGAGCUACGCAAAGAAACUCAAUCGCUUGUUGUCUUAA